UAUGGUAUUGUUUUCCUCAUGAAAAACGAGAUAUCAAUUUCGAGCCUUCGUAUUCGUACAACUUAAUUUUUAAAAAAAUGCUCAAUUUCUGAUUUCUAUUGAAGUAAAUAACGCAUUAAUUCACAAUGAGUACUCUUCCAUAUAUUAGUGGUCUUACCAACAAGAACAUAUUUUUGGUGGAGCCUGUGGAACCAUAUGCUGAAAAAACACUACGAGAUGAAAAGACUACAAACAUCCGCGGCAUUAUAUACAGUCCUAAGGGCACUUAUCUUGCUUACAGAACAGAUAAGAAAGCGGAGGUAGUACGAUGUUCAGAUUGGUCGGUGACAACAACUGUGGAGGGCAACAUCAAAGACAUGUUGUUCUCCCCAUUGGACAACUACUUCAUGGUAUGGGAGAUGUUCGCUAUGACCAAGGAUGACCCGCAAGGCAAACCCAAUUUACACAUACUGAAGUCAACCAAUGGAGAGAAAGUUGGAUCAUUUGUACAAAAAUAUCAAACUGGAUGGGAACCAAAAUGGACAUCAGAUGAGAAAUUAUGUGCCAUGCUAGUGAAUGGCACGAUCUACAUCUACGAGGAUUGCAAGUUUGACAGAUAUGUGAAGAAUGUGCAGAUGGAGAAGCUGAAGGCAUUCAGUGUAUCCCCCAGUGCAGCUCCUAAUUACUACUUCUCCAUAUUUACAUUAGGCAAGUCGGGUCAGCCGUCGUUCUGGCGGGUGUACAAGUAUCCUUCGUUCGAGGAGGGCGCGGCCGUGGUCAGCCGCUCCUCCUUCCAGGCCGACAAGGCCACCUUCCACUGGAACCGCCGCGGCACCAACGUCUUCGCGCUCACGCAGACUGAAGUAGACAAAACAGGCGGCUCAUACUACGGCAAACAGUCUCUGUCAUACGGCGACGUGAAGGGAAACGCGGGAAACAUGACGUUCAGCAAGGAGGGCCCCAUUCACGCGAUCGCGUGGAACCCGGGCAAUUGGAAUGAGUGGGUAGCGGUGUAUGGCCACGCGCCUGCCAAGGCGACGAUAUUCAACGCGAAGUGCGACCCGCUAUUUGAAUUUGGAACCGGCGCGUGGAACGCCAUCUACUUCCCGCCAGAGGGGAAUCAUGUGCUACUUGGCGGUUUCGGCAACAUAGCGACUGGUCACAUCGAGGUGUGGGAUGUACGAGGGUACAAGAAGCUGGGCGCUUGCUCGGCCCCCGACACCACGCUGCUGCAGUGGGACCCUCGCGGCGAGACCUUCCUCACCGCUACCACGUACCCCAGGCUCACUGUUGGUAACGGCUACAAACUCUGGCACUACACGGGCGUACUGAUGCACAAGCGCCAAUGCGAGGAGAAGGAGCAAUUGCUAGCGAUCAGCUGGCAGCCGGGGCAGUACCCUAAGAGCGAGCUGUCUCGGACUCCGCCCCGAGGUAUACAGGACGCGGCGCCGAAGCCUGUGGGCGCAUACCGACCGCCCGGCGCUAGGAACAAACCCUCUACCUUCACACUACAUGAGCAUGAGAAGCCACAUCGGCCCGGAGAAACGCCUAAUGCGGCGCCGUCGAAGCAGGCAAUAAAGCAGAAAGAGAAGCGCGAGGCCCGCAAGGCCCGCAAGGCGGAGGAGCGCGAGCGCGGGGACGCGUCCCCCGCCUCGCCCCCCGCGCCCGCCGCGGCGCGCGCCGCCUUCGUCUCCACCGGGGACCCGGAGAAGGAUAAAAAGAUUAAGAAUCUUAAUAAGAAACUAAGCGACAUAGACAAGCUGAAGGCGCAGAAGGCGGCCGGUAAGCAGCUGGAACUGAACCAGCUAGCCAAGAUUGACAGCGAGAAGACACUGCUCGCGGAACUCGCGCAGCUCAAGUUAUGAUGGUCGAUAUACUAACCGAAUAAAGUAUUGAUCUAUUCAUGUCAAAAAAAAACAGGUUAGAAUUCAAUGUGUUUUACCAGUGUAAAAGACUUGCUUCUGGCAUGGUGAAGUUCUUGCGAUUUUGCACAGUGCGCAUAACAGGAGUGUCCCAAGAGUGCUCAUAGAAAAUGAAAGCUUAUGGAAAAUUAAACUUUAUAACUGUGACGUUAAGAAAAAUGUUAUCUUUCAUAGUAUUGUUGUGAUUGUUCAAGUUGUAAAAGUGUUACCAAUUACAAAAAAAUAACUCCUAUACCUAGUUGAGAAAAUAUUCAUCAAUAUAAUUCAUAAGUAAAUAAUUCAUUGAAUUCUAAGCUGUUAACACAGAGUACAGACACGUGAAUCAUGCAUUUACUAACCUAUUGUUUAAUGAUACCGAGAUCUUGCAUAGCUUUGUGUAAGGAUAGAAUACUUACGUAUAUUUAUUGCAUUAGUUGCUCUCGAUGUGUUUUGUAAGGAUUAUGCUACCUAAUCUUACUUUUAAGUCAAUGAAAAUUUGUUUUAAGAGAGUUUGAAGAUGUGUUACGUGGAUUGUUUUAAUGUUACUAAGGAUAUAGAAUAAGGAAUAAUGCUACGUAAAGUACGGCAAUUCUCCGCUCCCCAGCAGCGUCUGAGCUAAGUUUAACAUCGAUGUGUGGUGUCUGUGUAAAACGAGGUUGUUUUUAUGAAGUGUCUGGGGUGUGCUAAGGAGUAAUAGUUGAAUGGAGGCAACACUGAAGCUUUAUCAACAAGGCACAAGUUUAUUUUUUACGUUUAUAUAACUAUUUACCUCGUUUUUCUAAUAAAUAAUAGGCUGUAAAAUUCAAUAGAAAAACGAGUGAGGAACAUUGGCAUAUCUUUACAACAUAUCCAUUAAAGUCGAUAAACUACGUGAUUUUGUGCUAUAAGUAAUUAUUUAUUUAUUUACAUUGGAUCAAGUUUAAUAUCAUAAUUUUGCAUAAAUAGUAUAGCUUGACUAUUGUGUAAUAUACGUGUGAAAAACAAUCUGCCUUUCUCCAUACAACCAAAAUCUUCAAUGUGUUGGACUAAGAAAGAAGCGUUAAAUGUUGCGUCCAUUUUCCUAUUUACUUCAUGCUUGUUAACUGAUGUGAAAACACCAAUAUAAUGUACAGAAGUAAAGUCUACUCGGCAUAAAGCGUAUAUUUUCUCUCGGCGAGUGUUGUUUAUGUAAAACGCGAAAAAUAUUAUGUAGUUAUUAUGUUUUAUUGUUGAAAAUUCUAUCAAGGUACAAUGUGAAUCGGCUUCAUAAUAACUGGCUGUUAUAAGCGUCCAGUGUACUUUUCAUGUUUGAUGAACUGUUGAUGUGUAAAUAAAAUUAUAUAACGAGAAUUUUAAUAAAGAUAUAAUGAACA